CCCCCCUGAAGCGUUGGGAGGAUUGGAGUUUUUUCCUCCCCGUCGGGGCUUCUUUUUCUCGGCUUCCCGUGGAUAUGUAACCGAAGAGGAAGAGGAGCAGGAGCGGUGGAGAAGCCGAGGGGGUCCUUUUUUCUGGAAGUGGGGGGCCCCCGAUCAUUGUUAUUCCCCUCCCGGCCCGGGCCCCUCGUUUUCCCUCCGCCUCGGGGACCCCCUUCGCUCGAUGCUGAGGCGCCUCCGCGGGCCCGCUGCGGAUGAAGGAGGAGGAAGAGGAGGACGAGGAGGAGAGGCCGAAGAUGGGGGACUUCUACGACCCCGAACACCCCACCCUUGACACAUCUUUCAAGGAUUCCAGUGGACAUCAUAAAGCUAAUACGCCCAGCAUCCCCGAAAUGCAGUCACCUCUGAGGUGGAAAGGGGCAGACAACUGGUGUAUCUUUCCCCAGAAUAUGGAUGGGUCUGAAGAGGUAGAAAGAGAAGAAGAAAAUGAGGGCAAGACUGAAAAUGUACAGAAACCAGGCUUUGUCAAAGGGCCCGUCUUCAAGGGGGUGGCUUCAAGCCGUUUCUUGCCCAAAGGCACCCGGACAAAAGUUAACCUGGAGGAGCAAGGCAGGCAGAAGGUUUCCUUCAGCUUCAGUCUCACCAAGAAAACUCUGCCGAACCGAUUUCUGACCGGCCUUGGGAAUGAUAAAUUAAACGAGACUUCGAAUCCCCCCGCCCUGCCUCUCCCAACUGACUUUCCCUCUAAAACGAAAAUGGAUCUUGGGGACGCCACUGCUCCCGUGGAGGAAUUUUCGCCACCGAAGCCUAAGGUGGAAUUAGGCAAGAUCCAUUUCAAGAAGCAUCUGCUAAAUGUUACAACAAAGCCUCCCCCAGUUGCGGUGGUACUGCUCCCUCCUCCACCACCACCACCGCCACCACCGCCGCCACCACCACCCCUGGUGGCUGUAGCACCAGCUACUACGACAGAACUUGUAGAAUUGCCCCCAUCGCCCCCACCACCACCUCCCCCUCCUCUUCCUCCUCCUCCGCCCGUCCUGUCGGCACCAGCGUUGGCCCUAACCCCACCCGUUGCAGUUCCAUCCCUAGCGGCCACCCCUCUUGGGUUGCUCUCACCUGCGGAAGCCGUGGUCUCCGUGGCGAAAGUGCUGCAGGAAGCUUCAGAACUGGACGCGAAACAGAACAGUGCGGCAGACUCCUCGGAAGAACAGCUGACGGACGUUGUUUCUGAGGAGGUGGAACCGGUCCCGGCAAAAGGACAUCCCCGUCUUGAGAAGGAGGAGGACGUUUCCGAUGGCUCAAAAGGGGCUGCUGUCAGUUCCAAGAAACAGGGAUCCCACAGGAAGUUCUCUCUUUCUGAUGGGACACAACCAGGUUCCGAGUCGGAUGAAGAUUCUGUGAGGACUUCUUCAAGCCAGAGAUCCCACGAAAUUAAAAUGUCCACAAGCUCAGAGAAGGAAAAGGAAAAAGACUCACGGAAGAGUUCAGCGUCUCUCAAAACUGAAGAGCCGGCGAAAUCUUCCUCACGGUCUCGAUCUGACAGGGAUGACAAAUACUCCAGUUACACAAGGUCGGAGAGGGACUCCAGAUAUUCUUCUUCUCGUUCCAGGUCUGACAGAGAGAGGAGGCGAAGCAGAUCUCAUUCUCGUUCUAGAUCAGAGAGAGGUUCCAGAACCAGUUCUUCCUAUUCCAGAUCCGAUCGGUCCCAUUACUAUGAGUCUGACCGGAGGUAUCACAGAAGCUCACCGUACCGAGAAAAGACUCGAUAUUCUCGUUCUUACAUGGACAGACUGACAAGAGAGAGUUCUGAUUCAGAAGAAGAAUAUCGGAGGACACACUCAAGGUCUACAGACUCUCGGCGUACUUCUCAUUCCUCAUCUUACAGAGACUCCAGGUCAUCUUCAUUUUAUUCAAGGUCUGAGCGGGAUGGCAAGACCGAGUCUUCUCAUGUCGACUCAGAGAGAAAAGGGAAGCUUUCGAAGUCAGACAGAGGCUCAAAAAAGACUUCAGAAAGUGAAACAUCAAAAAGAUGUUCUCCAGUUAGUGAGUUACAACGUCGGAGAGAAGCUUCCCAUUCUAAAGCGGACAGCAGUGUAAAUUCGUCACGGCACAAGUCCAGCUCUUCAAAAGCCUUUCCUCCUAAGUCAGAUAAAUUUAAAAGUUCUUUCUCCUGUACAGAAUCUGAGGAACGCAAAGAGCAGUCCAAUUGUAUAGACUCAGAGGCUUCCUGUGUACAAAGCUGUGAAACAAAAACUGCUGUUGCACAUAAGCCAGAAACAGACAGGACUGUGUUUCUGCUAAGUGAUUCCCCUAAUUUCAAAAAGCUAGAUGAAUUGAAAGAAAGCUCGCCCAUUUCUAAGUCCACUGGACUUUCAGGAACUGAUAGCCAUGACAGUAUUACGGCAGUGGAAUGUUCGGUCCAGGUGAAGCUCGGUCAUCAGUUACGAACUUGCUCUCCAACAGAACUGAACAGAAAUGGAUCCCUUGAAGAUACCCCCAUUGGUACAGCGUUGACCCAAAUGGAGGUCACAGUGUCUUCUGACGAUAGUUUAGAUAAAUGUGAUAGUUUAGAUAGAUCUGAGUCACCACUGCAGAUCAGAAGUCCUGAUUUGAACAAAGUGCCAUCUAACGGGUUUCAAAGUGUACAGCUGUAUAAAGGACAGGAUGUGAGUGAUUCCCCAGUUCUUCCUAGUGAAUCCAACCAUUUGCUUAAAGAAAAAAGAGAUGUCCCCAUUCCUUGUGAAUAUGACUGUGUGCCCCUCUGUAUAAUGAAUGUAAAUCCGUCUAAAAUAUUAACAAAGAAAGGGGAUGAUCCGACAGAUGUCUCUAAUAAAACCAAAGAUCCAGUCCCUUGCUAUCUUCCCGAUGAUGCUACUCUUUCUUUGUGUUAUUCAGAAGUUGAAAUAGAAGCUGAGCCUUCAGAUACAAAAGAUGUUCAGGAACCUUCUAUGGAUGUUCACGUUGAGCCUCGUUUUGAAACGUUCAAGCCUGCCGUUGUAGAGAAUCAAAAUUCACCCAAAGCUGCUCACGACAGUGAAAAAUGUAGUAAAGAGUUAAGCAUAUCAGACCAUGAUCCGGUCAGAGAUUUAUCUGGAGAAGAACAUUUUGUGGAGUCCACAUUAGACAAUCACUGCUCUUCACAGCAGCAACAGACUUGUGAAAGCGUGUCUCCGCCGGACGCUUCCUUGCAGGAGAAGAAAGAAGAACUCUUAGUGUGUUCUGAAGUAGCCCUUGAAGUAGAUAUUUUGCAGGAGGAUUCUGUUGUAGAAAAAACAAAAUCGCCUUUUAAAAACGAGCAUUCUUAUUAUUUGGAGAUGCCAGAAGAGGGUCCAGAAAAAGAGGAACCCAGCGAGGAGGAGGUUUCUGUUGUCCUUGACGGAAGAAUCAUAUCUGACUUGGAAGACCACUCUCCUGACGUCUCGGUGGUGAAGGAAAGAAGGGAUGGUUGCUUGGCAGGAUCUGCCUUUUCAGACGCUCUGUCUCCUUCUUGUGACAUUGUUGUGACUGUAGAAGAAACGGGCACUAUUCCUGAUGAGCCCAGGUGUGACGGAGGCAGCAGCACCCCUGAACUCUCCCCUGUUCGCAACGAAGAUGAUUCUGACAUGGCAGAAAGUGCGAGCGAACAGGAUAGCGACGAUAGUGACACCGAGGACUCGGAUUCAGACGAUAGCAGUGUUCCAAGGAACCGCCUUCAGUCGGUUGUGGUCAUUCCAAAGAAUUCUACCAUAACCAUGGAAGAGAGCAGUUCCUCUUCCUCACGGAACAGCCAGAGUAACCGACGCUAUUUGGAUCACUGGGAAGAUGGGAAGCCAGAAUCCAGCAAACCCUUCUGUGAAGAAGUAACAGAUGACUUGGAAUCGAAUGGUGCUGUACAAAAUGAAAGGAGCUGCCUGCCUUCUCGGGAGGCAGUGAGACACCCGGCCGUAUCUGCCGAGUUCAGCCGAGCCGAGCCUGAAGGCCUUCUGCCUGAUGCCGCCUCCCAGCCUCAAAGCGACGGUGUGGAUAGUACAAGUCACUCGGAGCAAGCGUCCGGUUCUAUCCCGCAGCCAAAUCCCGAUCAAAGAGCAGUAUUAAACGAAACCAUGGCUGUCGCCCGGUCAGUGAACGCGUUGCAACAGGAUGAGCUGCACUACCUUUCCAGGAACUUUGAAAUGGCUGACCAUGUGUCCAGACUUCAGACCGGUCUUUCCAAGCCGGACAGUAGGCAGGGAAAGACCGGGUUUGGGGACAUUCCUGGCAUGGGUGACUUCUCCAGAGACGACGGCGUUCAUUCGGCAGAAGACUUGGCUAGACUCGAGUGGGAUUUCUCCCAACCAGAGAAGCCAAGCAGCACUUACCAGCAGCCCGAUAGUAGCUACGGCAUGUUUCCGGGUUAUCUUUAUCCGCCAGGGGCUGGAGCCUACGUUGCCUCUCAGAACUACUGGCAUAACAAUGGCUAUUGGGACCCCCGGUUGACUAACAGGCCCUCUGAGGUGCAUUAUGAGCGAAUGCAAGGGCAGGUCCCUGAUUCGCUCACAGAAGAUCAGGAGGAGUAUGAAGAAGUUGACCACUGGGUGGACGAAAGCCAUCCCUACUUCCCCAGUCAGUCGGUCCAGUACCAGUCGCGUGACCCUAGAGAGAAAGGUUCAGUGCAGGCCCACGAAAUAAGCAGCAACUCGGCGAAAGAGUUGACGGCUGCCAGUGGCGAGAGGAGGGAGCAGGUUCCUAAGGCUUUGGAUAAAAAUGACAUGAAGGAUCGAGGGCCGCUGAAGAAACGAAGGACAGAUAUUGAGAGUGACUCGGAGAGCGAAGGGGACUCCCAGGAAAGGAAGAAGGUGAAGACAGAAGGUGAACAGUUACUGGUGGUACCUCCGGAGGCCUCAGCGGCUCGCCCAUUGUGUUUCAUGGAAGACUUCCGAGAUCCACAGCGUUGGAAAGAGUAUGCCAAGCAAGGGAGGAUGCCUUGUUACUUUGACCUCAUUGAAGAAAAUGUGUAUCUGACGGAAAGGAAAAAGAACAAAUCGCACCGUGAUAUCAAGCGGAUGCUGUGCGAGUGCCCCACGCUUUCCAAGGACGAGAGAGCUCAAGGAGAGGUUGCGUGUGGAGAAGAUUGUCUGAACCGCCUUCUCAUGAUAGAAUGUUCGUCAAGGUGCCCAAAUGGAGAGUCCUGCUCCAACCGGCGGUUUCAGAGGAAGCAGCAUGCAGAUGUUGAAGUCAUCUUGACCGAGAAGAAAGGCUGGGGGCUGAGAGCUGCUAAGGACCUUCCUUCUAACACCUUUGUAUUGGAAUACUGUGGGGAAGUCCUGGAUCACAAAGAGUUCAAAGCCCGAGUGAAGGAGUACGCCCGGAGCAAAAACAUCCAUUAUUACUUCAUGGCGUUGAAAAACGACGAGAUAAUCGAUGCCACCCAGAAAGGAAAUUGCUCCCGUUUCAUGAACCACAGCUGUGAACCAAACUGCGAAACCCAGAAGUGGACGGUGAAUGGACAGCUGAGGGUUGGCUUCUUCACUACCAAGUUGGUGCCAUCAGGCUCAGAACUCACCUUUGACUACCAGUUCCAGAGAUAUGGCAAAGAAGCGCAAAAGUGUUUCUGUGGCUCUGCCAACUGUCGGGGUUAUCUCGGGGGAGAGAACCGUGUGAGCAUUAGAGCAGCAGGAGGCAGGACCAGAAAGGAGCGGUCCCGCAAAAAAGAUUCGGUGGAUGGAGAGUUAGAGGCGCUCCUGGAGAAUGGGGAAGGGCUUUCAGAUAAGAAUCAAGUUCUCAGUUUGUCCCGGCUGAUGGUGCGCAUCGAGACCCUGGAGCAAAAACUCACGUGUCUCAAACUCAUACAGAAUACUCAUUCCCAGGCCUGCCUGAAGUCCUUCUUGGAAUGCCACGGCCUGUCCCUUCUCUGGAUUUGGAUGGCUGAGCUCGGGGACGGCAGGGGAAAUACUGCCAACAACUUGAAACUCCAGCUGGAGAUUAUAAAGACUCUGGAGCUUUUGCCGAUUCCCAACAAGAACAUGCUGGAGGAGAGUAAAGUGCUUCCCAUCAUUCAGCGAUGGGCCCAGACCAAGUCUGCUAUCCCACCUCUCAGCGAAGGCGACGGCUAUUCCAGCGAGAACCCGUCCCGGGCUCACACGCCGCUCAACACGCCCGACCCAUCGAUCAAGCCAAGCGUAGAGGGUGAGACGGAGACCCCAAAGAAGCUUGCCUUCCGGAGGCUUAAAAUCAUCAGCGAGAACAGCAUGGACAGUGCCCUCUCGGACACCAUCAGCGAGAUUGAGCUGAAGGAGACCAGAGAGGACCUUGAGCAUCCGGACAGCGGCCCAACAGAGGCGGCGAUGGCGGCAACGGAGGAAACCCCCGCGCCGCCACAAGAUCCUGCCAAGGAUGCUCUUGCCGAGGUCUCUGCGGACGCCGGCGGGUCUCAGGCGGCUGAGCCCGAGGUUGAGCCCGAGGCAGAGAUGAAAGAGGGACGCGCCGCCAAGCUGGAGGAAUUGGUGGCGGCCGCCGAAACGCCCUCUCAAGACGAAGAGGAAGGCAUCUCCGACGUGGAGAGCGAGAGGAGCCAGGAACCUACCGAUAAGAUUGUGGACGUGAGCGACUGGGCCACCAAGCUGCUGGACUGCUGGAAAGACCUAAAAGAGGUGUAUAGGAUCCCAAAAAAGAGCCAAGUGGAAAAGGAGAGCAGUGCUGACCGUGGGCGAGAGACAGCAGGUCGAGACCCGGCGGCGACGCCGAAAAACCUGAGCAGAGAACGAGAGACGGAGAGGCAAAGUCAGAGCACCAAGGAAAAGAAAAGGCGCAGAGAUUCGUUGUCGCCUCCCUCCGCGUACGAGCGAGGCACCAAACGGCCUGAUGACAGAUAUGACACACCAGCCACCACUUCGAAGAAGAAAGUCCGGAUCAAGGACCGCAACAAGCUUUCUACGGAGGAGCGCAGGAAGCUCUUUGAGCAGGAGGUGGCUCAGCGCGAAGCCCAGAAGCAGCAGCAGCAGCUGCAGAGCCUGGGGAUGGCUUCCCCUCUUCCCUAUGACUCUCUGGGCUACAGUGCCUCCCACCACGCGUUUAUGGGCUACCCCCCCGGCUACCCCAUGCAGUCCUACGUGGAUCCCAGCAACCCGAACGCUGGGAAGGUGCUACUCCCCACCCCAAACAUGGACUCCAUGUGCUCCCCUGUGGCCUACGAGCACCCUCAGACUUUGGUGGGGCACCCCAUUGAGCCGACCCUGACCGCUCCUCAGCCGGUCCCCGUAGUUCAGCAUGUAGCAACGACCCUGGAGGUGUCGACCCCGCAGUAUGUAGCACAGAGCGACCCGUCCGUGGUCCACCAGGAAGCAAGCGUCGCCGUCUUGCCGGUGCCGGCCCCUGUGCAAGGACAGAGUUAUGGGGUCUGGGAUUCUAGCCAGCAGACGGUCACGGUGCAGCCCUCGUAUUCUCCGGCCCAGCCCCAGCCAGCCAUCUACUAUCAAGGACAGGCCUGUCAGACCGUCUAUGGCAUGACCUCCCCCUAUUCUCAGACCACGCCACCCAUUGUACAGAGUUAUGCACAGCCAGGCCUUCAGUAUAUCCAGGGGCAGCCGAUUUACACGGCUCAUCCUCAGGGUGUCGUAGUACAGCCCACGACAGCAGUGACCACUAUUGUAACCACAGGACAGCCCCCACCAAUACAGCAGCCGGAGCUGGUGGUGACCAACAAUCUCUUGGACCUCCCUCCGCCCUCUCCUCCCAAACCUAAAACCAUUGUCCUCCCUCCCAAUUGGAAAACGGCCCGAGAUCCAGAAGGGAAGAUCUACUACUAUCACGUGGCCACAAGGCAAACCCAGUGGGACCCUCCAAAUUGGGACAGCCCUGAGGAUGAUGCCAGCCUGGAGCACGAAGCUGAAAUGGACCUCGGAACACCAACAUAUGACGAAAACCCGAUGAAGUCUUCCAAAAAACCCAAAACAGCAGAAGCCGACACUUCGAGUGAGCUGGCAAAGAAAAGCAAGGAAGUCUUCCGGAAGGAGAUGUCUCAGUUCAUUGUGCAAUGCCUGAACCCCUAUCGCAAGCCGGAUUGCAAAGUGGGACGAAUAACCACAACUGAAGACUUCAAGCACCUUGCACGAAAGCUGACCCACGGAGUGAUGAACAAGGAACUGAAAUACUGCAAGACUCCGGAAGACUUGGAGUGCAAUGAGAACGUGAAACACAAGACGAAAGAAUACAUUAAGAAAUACAUGCAGAAAUUUGGGGCGCUUUACAAACCCAAAGAGGACACGGAUUUGGAGUAGUUCCAGCAGGAAAGGUGUUUUUGCUGCUGCUGCUGCUUUUGAAAAGCCAGCUUUCCAGGAACGCCUCUCUUCUGGGUAGGAUUUCUGGCUUCUGCAGGGUGUCGUCUGCCAUCAACAAGCCUGGGCCAGUCUUGUGGCACACAUGCCCCUCUUUACGGGGUUGGGUGGGUUUUGGAGACCAGGCAGGAAAAGCAGUGCGGAAAACAAACCCAGACACCCGCCACAUGUGUGUGUGUGUGUGAUUGUGUGUGUGAGAGAGACAGCACGCCCCCACUCAGCAGUCCUUCUCUGCAGGCGAGGUGGAGUUUGCAACCUGGCGGUGCUGUUUUCGUAAAACAACCUGUCUUGUCUCCGCCUUCAGAAUCUGUAUGAUAUUUUAACAUAUAUGUGAAUAUAUUGAGGGUUUCUCUCCCCCCCCCCUUUUAUUCCCUCCUUCCUUUUAGCCCAACCUGUGUUGAUAUUGUGGGAACACUUUGUAAGAAUAGCUUCGAGGGAUUUUCCUUCUCCUGUUUUGUUUUGGGUUUUUUUGUUUUGUUUUGUUUUUCGGUUCUCUGCGAGAUUUAAUCUGUUCUCAUCAUGUAAAUAUUUGCAAAACAGGCUGCCUCAAAGGUUUCUGGCCGGCCACGUGCUCUGUUGAUAAGAUUGGUUUUACUGCUUAAAUCAUUUACUUUAUCCAAUUUUUACUGAAGUUUUUAUGUAAAAGAAAAAAAUUAAAAAAUGGAAUAAAAUGGCAGUGAAAGAAC